GCGGGUGGGUAGCAACAGUUGCCCUGGUGAGGACGAGGCGCCAUAGCCACGGUAGCCCUGGCGACAAGAACCCGGCAACGAGAGUCAACAACAACAACAACAGAAUCGGCCGUAAACAUAAAAGACGAUAUUCUACCGGUGGGAAUCCCACACGUGGAACCAGAGGGUCUAUCCCAUCUCAUGCAAUGGCCACCUCAGGCUACGUGAGUGAGAUCCAACCAGCGGCCCAACCUCAAGGGGCUGUGGCUGUCACUGCUGGACAGCCCGAUACUAAUUCCUCAACUGCAACUGCCCCUCAAUUCCUGGAGAUUCAAACCACAGUGGCAGCCCCCACUGUUGUCACGCCCACAGGCCAGACUUCCUCAACAGAACAAGCCGCCUCGCUCACCGCUCAGAAGGCUGCAGGUGGAACACCGACUCCAUCAGCAGUACAGGCUCAGCCAGCGCAGACACAGUAUGUGACUGCAGAGAUCCAGAGUUCCCCAACACAGUCUGGAAAUGGGCAAAGUGCUCCUCAGUAUAUUGUUGUUACUGUCACAGGUCUUCCUUCUUCAGAAGGCUCACUACACUCCAAUGACAGCGUGUCAGACUCCAGUCCUCCUCCAUCUGUGGUGCAAACUGGAGUUCCCACACAAGUUGUUCAGCAAGUGCAGACAGUCCAGCAGAGAUCUGUGGUACAGGCGACAUCUCAAAUAGCCAAGACUGAGCCUGGUACACAGCUCAGUGUCACAAGUUUGCAGCCUGUUCACAUCAGCCCAGAGCAGCUCACAUCAGUGCCCGUGCAACAUGUCUACACCAAUCAGGUGCAGUAUGUGGAGGGAGAUGCCAACUACACCACCAGCACAAUUCGUUCUAGUGCGUUCCCAUACACUGACACGCCGCUGUACACCCAAACUACGGCUGCCCAGUAUUAUGAAGCUCAACCAACUUCUGGCUCACAAGUCUCCACCCCUGGCACUCCUCUGACCGUCUCCGUGACUGCCGGCACCACUGGAGGUGUUUCCAUGUUUGUGGCCCAACCCACAAGUGUAGCCGGGGGAGGGGCCACUGUGGUGUCCACAGGUGGGACCACCAACGGGGCAGGAGAUGGGGCCGGCACUAAUGGUGGCGCAACAGGAAGUUAUGUAAUCCAAGGGGGUUACAUGCUGGGCAGCAGCAGUGGAGGGACAGCUGGCAACAGUCAGAACUACUCACACAACGCCCGCGCCUCCCCAGCCACUGUGAGUAUUACAGAGGGCGAGGAGAGUAGCGUGCCGUCGGCAGACAAGAAGGUACAGUGGUUGCUGGACAACUAUGAGACAGCGGAAGGAGUGAGUCUGCCGCGUUCCACCCUGUAUUGCCACUACUUACUCCACUGCCAGGAGCAGAAGCUAGAGCCAGUGAACGCAGCCUCUUUUGGGAAACUCAUACGAUCCGUCUUCAUGGGCUUACGUACUCGGCGCUUGGGAACUCGGGGUAACUCCAAAUACCACUAUUAUGGACUGAGGAUCAAAGCAGGAUCUUCUCUUCUCCGGUUAAUGGAGGACCAACAACAUCUGGCCAUGAGGCAGCAGCCUUUCUCACAAAAGCAGAGAUUGAAGCCUGUGCACAAAGUGGAGGGAAUGACCAACGGGACAGCAUCAGGGGCCAGUCAGCAGCAACAACAGCAACAGGGGUCGGGGCAUGUGGACAUUAGCACCCAAGUUCAGCAGUACCAGCAGUUCCUUGAUGCUUCCAGAGCACUGCCGGAAUUCCCAGACAUUGACCUUCAAGGGAAGUCCCUGCCAGAAGGCAUCGAGCUUGAGCACAUAAAGAGCUUUCAGCUAUUGUACAGAGAACACUGUGAGGCCAUACUUGACGUGAUGGUCAACCUGCAGUUCACACUGGUGGAGACGCUGUGGAAAACCUUCUGGAGGUUCAGCCAGAGUCAAGCUGGCGACGCCACAUCAGCCGUCCACGAUGAGUCAGAGAAACGCCUCCCAAAGUCCUGCUUGGUGUUGCUUUGUAAAUAUGAACCGGUGCUGCGCUGGAGCCGAGACUGUGAUAACAGUCUAUAUCAGGGCCUGGUGGAGAUCCUCAUCCCGGAUGUUCUCCGUCCUAUUCCCAGUGCCUUAACUCAAGCCAUCCGGAACUUUGCCAAGAGCUUGGAGAGCUGGUUGACAAAUGCUAUGAUGAAUAUCCCAGAGGAAAUGGUCCGCAUUAAGGUCACCUCAGCCAACGCAUUUGCCCAGACACUGCGGCGCUACACCAGUCUGAACCACUUGGCUCAGGCGGCUCGUGCCGUCCUCCAAAACACAGCUCAGAUCAAUCAGAUGCUGUCAGACUUGAAUCGUGUUGAUUUUGCAAAUGUUCAGGAGCAGGCAUCGUGGGUGUGCCGGUGUGAAGACCGUGUGGUCCAGAGACUAGAGCAGGACUUUAAGCUGACCCUGCAGCAGCAGAACUCCUUGGAGCAGUGGGCUGCAUGGCUCGAUGGUGUGGUCUCCCAAGUCCUAAAGCCUUACCAACACAGCCCUACCUUCCCCAAAGCUGCCAAGCUCUUCCUGCUCAAGUGGUCCUUCUACAGUUCCAUGGUGAUCCGGGACCUGACCCUCCGAAGCGCAGCCAGUUUCGGUUCUUUUCACUUGAUCCGCCUUCUCUAUGAUGAGUACAUGUACUACCUGAUCGAGCACAGAGUCGCACAGGCCAAAGGAGAGACCCCCAUUGCAGUCAUGGGAGAGUUUGCUAGUUUGGGCCGAGGACUGAACCAGUUGGAUCCGGAUAAAGAAGAGGAAGAAGAGGAGGAGGAGGAAAGUGACGACGAAGGUCAGGAGUUGACCCUUCCUUCAGACGGUCCGGUGUUAGGAGACGAGUCCCUGGAGCCUCCGGCAAAGCUGGCCCGAACUGACCAGCGUGUCCUCUUCACCACAGGAUCAGCCGACAACUAGUGUAACGCUCUUCUUGACACACACACACACACAAAUGUACAUACAACAGUAAUUUAUACACUCGGCUCUUGUUUUCACAUGUGUUUGCUGGGUUGUGUGUCCUUCACACAGAUCAGUGACACACUUGACGGAAUGUGGCCCCCGUCCAACCCAGAUAUUAGCUGUACGACUCUGUAAAAAAGAAUCUUUAAUCUGAGCAUGUUUUUUCCGUCAUUGCAACCUGUAACCUCAACGUCUCGUUGCGGAGAAAAGUCUGCUCACACUAGGAAAGCGUCACUGCCGUAUCAAAGUGGUCUAGAAAAUACUGUGAUAAGUGUCUACGUGUACAGGAAUCUUUCACUGAGCAAGGCCGUGGAGUUGUCGUCCUGUUGGAAUCAUACUGUACUGAACCGAGCAGCAGGCAUUUUGGGAUCUUUGGAUAUUGUCUUACGUGUGUGUGCUUCCCGGCUCCUCUCGUGCGAACGAGUUCUGCUUCUGUGCUGAAAGUUGGUGUCGUUGAUGACGUGAAUCAGCCGACUGUUUCCUCUGUAGAUAUUUUCUAAGGCUUUUAAACGAUGAGACGUGUGUAUAGUUCCAGUUCAGUUUUUAUUUGCCUGGAAAGAAUUGUUGUCGUGCUCUCCGAGUGCCUGACGCAGCUGCUGCACACACUUGCAAAGACAAAGUGACAGCUGCCGGCAACGGCUCUCUCGUUAUUUGCUGCAAAAAUCCUCACGUUCUCAUUGAACAUCUGGUUCCCUGAGUGAGGUACUUUAUGUGUCAUAUACACUCCAGUUGAAAAUAUCAGUCCAGCACUUUCUCCCCACCAAGUUUUACCAAGGAAAGCCCAAAAAGUUGGCGACUAUUGGUCAUGUUUUGAAUUGGUUCAUGCUGCAUUUUGCACUUCACUGUUGAGUUUUCAUGUACAGCUAGCUGUUAGCAGGAUAGCUUGUUGUUACCACCAACUCUUCCACAAACUAUUGACUCCUUGAGCACAAAGCAUAAACCAGCACUUAGGUUGCACUCCAACAACCAUAAUAUUUCAAGGAUAUCAAUCUAUUCUCUGUGUCGGAGUUGGGCUAAUUUAAUAUUCCAAACCCUCUCUUAAGGGCUCAGAUCAGUGUGCUUACGUAAAAAAGACUUGGUAUCUAUCUGACACUGGUGCCUUUUUAAAUAGACCUAACUGUUUUUCUCACCUUUUAAUGCAACAUAAUUGACCCUUUUCUUCCCAAAAGUUAGCAUAAUAAGUGCUAAAAACAAAAUCAGCCUUUUGUGUAACGCAUCAUAAAACUGAAGGGGAAAGUGUUGUCUUUAUAUUUUCACUGAGUAUAUUUCUGUUUCAAGUGCUUACUUCCUGGUCAUCCUGUCCUUUGUGCCUCCUUAUUUUCCUUCGUGUCCUAAUCUGUCCCCAUGUUUGCCAAACCCGGUUGCUUUUAUCCCAAAAAUACUUGUUUUAUUUAAACUUUCCGUGCCUGAGUGAAAUGGUGGUAUACUUUCUGCUGUAUAUUGAAUUAUGUUAUCACAAAGUGAACCUCUUGUGCAGUGUAUGGUGCUGUGUUUUCUAUUCAUUGUUGACCUGGUGUGCUUUAUUGAUUUAUUCGUGACUGUAUGUUCCGUUUUUAACCCUUUAUUUGAGCCUCUUUGCACAUCUUUCCCCCCGUGACCUUGUUUUUAUGACUUUUAUGCAGUUUUCAUCGCAUAGACUUUGUUCUGGUUUCUCCUCAGACAUUUCAUCUCAACGCAUUUCAACCUUCCUACCAAUGGCUUUGUUUCACUCGGGCAUCUCCAACAUCUAAAAUUCAUGAUUCUAAAUCUGCUUUCUUUGGAUUUCUAGUUUUCUAUGAUCAUUGCCGACUUCAAACCAGCACAUUGACUUUGUAAGGCGACCACAGCUAAGUACAUAUCACUGUAGUCUUUUACCAAACAGCAUUGGGUGGUCUUCGUUUACCCAGUCAAGUGGAGUCAUUUUUAUAGUGCAUUGUUUGUAACUUACAAAACAACCUAAGAUACAAAAAAAGGUGUUGUCAGUGGCAGUGUUUUAUGGAUUUGGUCUGCUAAUAGUAUGACUGUGCCUUUGGAGGUGGUAGAAUGCAAUUCAGAUGUUUUUAAUUUAAAAGUAUAAAUUAAAGGGCGAAAACAAAACGUCUCCCACUUGC